AUGAGUAUUCCAGACGAAACUUCAAAAGAAACCCCACCUAAUCCUUCUAUUUAUUUGAAUUUUAUACAACUGAGAAAGUUACCAGAAGCUGAAAAUGAAGUUGAAGAAGAAGCCUUAUUUGUGUAUCAGAAUAAACAAAAAGAAAACGGCAGCGAAGGGAGUGAAAUUUUUGCGAGACUAGAGGACGUCAAGUUAGUAAGUUAAAAUUAAUCUGUCCAUAAGCAGAUAUCCAACUAUCUCGGCUCCAAAAAGUCAGUCUCAAUAGACCUCAGAAAAUGGAAGGCUGCCAUUUAGGAUUUCCGAAAUGAGCCACCUAUCCAAAGGAUUAGCUUCCUAGAGCAGAUUGACCUUCUAAAUGAUGCCCUGAUAUUCCUGAUAGACAAAACUUAGUGGGAGGUCAACCGUCUGGCAGGGACACCUGCUCCAUAGAGAGUGCACCUCAGAGUCCUCUUCCAUCAGCAUCACCAUUUUAUUCUAAGAACGUCAAGGCGUUCAAUAUUCGGCCUCGUUUUGACUCCGCAGCUAUAACUGAAGCAAUUGAAACGAAAAUUGUAAAUAUUAUUUAGCAAGAAAUUAAAAAUACCCCACUUGAUUACUACGAAAUCGUUUUAUACGAGUUAUGUAAGAAGUUUAACUUGGAACUUUCCUCAUCUUGUUUAUCAUCUAAAUCUAUUUCAAAAAUCCAUCAUGUAUAUCGACUAAAAAGCAUGGAAGAUGAACUGUCAAUUUCUCAAAGAAACUCCUUAAAUGCAAAUUUAGAGGCUAUUCUGGACUCUCACCCACGGACUUAUAAUGAAUAUAUAUUAUUUGCAGAGACCUUAAAAUUUAUUUCAGCAAUGGCUAUAAAAUGGGGUAUAGUUAGCAUCGAUAAUUAUGCAUAUAGAGUGACAGGAAGAGGACUAAACGUAAAACUUUUGGAUUUGAAAGAAAUUAAUAAUGAUAUCUUUACUAUGGAAACACUCUGGCUGGCACUAAUGGUGUACCGAGAACCUUUAUCUAAAAUUGCAGAUGACCAAGUGAAUCAAUAUGCGAUGUUAUUGAACGACACAAUUUGUAAGCUUGUAAACGAAUUUUUAUCAUUAAACCGUAAUUGUGAUUUUGAAGCUGUCAAAAGUAUCGCAGGACUUGUAGCAUCGAAAAACCCUGAAGUCACAAAAUAUACUGGAGUUGAGCCUGACUAUAAUUCGACUUUAGUGGAGUACCAAAGACUGAAGCUAAAAAGAGGAGUUUGGAGUUUAUGCUUAAGCAAAAAUGAUGUAAACUUGAUUAAAUCUAUAAAAGAAUUGCUUACGGACUUCGAAAUUGUUUAUAGACAAUUCGAGCGAAGUUUAAUGACAAAUUUACUGAUGGCUUUUCACGGCAAUAACUCAUAA